UAAGUAGGUAGGACCGUCUGUACAUGGAUUGUCCAAAUACCCGUCCAGCCCAAUACAUAUAUAAAACCGGUCAACUACAAUGGGUACUGGGUUAACCCGGAUCCAAGUAACCCGUAAACCCGGCUUAAAUAGAAGAAAAAGAGAGGUAAAAAAAAAAAACCGAACCAAUUCCUUCUUCGCCUGAAAAACCACCGAAGCUCUCUUUCACUCUCCACUGCGCCGUCACCGGAAAACUCUUUCUCGCUAAAAAGAAUGAGUGUUCCAAAUGCAACGGAGGAUUUGUCGUCUGAAGUGGAGGUUGAUGCGUUUCGACGCCUUUUUCCGGUUCGAUAUUUUGAGAGGCAUCUUUCUGAAUCUAUUCGUCCUGAUGGUAGACCAUUAAAGGAAGCUAGAGAUACUAGUAUAUUUCUUGGUUCUGUUGCAUCUGCUAAUGGAUCAGCCCUUGUGAAGAUUGGAUCCACGACUAUGUUGACUGCUAUUAAAAUGGAAGUCAUGACUCCUUCUUUGGAGACACCGGAUGAGGGUUGCUUAGCUAUUGAUUUCCACAUGCCUGCGAUUUGUUCUCCGAUUGUUAGGCCUGGCAGGCCUGCUGAAGCAGAGCCGGUUGUGUCAAAGCAGUUGUCCGACACCAUUUCAAGUUCUGGAAUGAUUGAUUUGAAAGAAUUGUCGUUGGUUAGUGGAAAAGCUGCAUGGAUGGCAUACUUGGAUAUCUAUUGUUUGGAUGCUGAUGGGGCUCUUUUUGACACUGCUUUACUUUCUGCAGUUGCUGCCUUAUCUCAUGUGAAAAUUCCUGCUGUUGCCAUGAAUGAUGACAGCAAAAUAGUAUUGAUGUCUGAUGAAGACGGAAAGAAGCAGGCAAAUGAGCAAGUCAAUAAGGAGAAGAGGAAGCUUACAUUAAAAAGCAUUCCAUUAUCGUUAACAUGCAUACUUCACAAGAGCUACAUCUUGGCAGAUCCUACCGCAGAAGAAGAAUCAAUAAUUGAAACCCAUGUGACAAUUGUUUUGGAUACACAUGGUCAACUAGUAUCUCUUUACAAGCCUGGUGGGCCAGUUCUUGCCUAUACUUCUGCUAUUCAGGACUGUGUUGCCUUGACCAGGCAAAGAGUAAAGGAACUAAAAAGCUUCUUAGACGAAGCAAAUUCUGCUAUGGAGGUUGAGUAGAAUUAUAAAUUAAUCUUAACAAUUUUGAGUGGUUACUGAAAUGUGUUUGUACAUUCUAAAUUAAGGUACUACCGUGGGGUUGUUUUAUUUUGAAAUAUCAUUUUCAUGAAAUUUUUAAUCUAUGAUAUAUAAUUUAUUGUCAGUCUGGUCAGUAAUUUUUGGGUUCCAUUCCAGUUGUACAGGAGAGGAGUUAGAAAGUAUAUCUAUAACUCUUUGGCUUAAA